CACGCAUACACACGCACGAGUCGGCCUGACUGCCCCACGGACACACACGUGUCCAUCCACCCAUGGCCAGGCUAGUCUAGCUAAUCGGGUCUACUCUUCCCUGAGCCUCUGCCGCCUCUCCACCUGACGCAGGUACGCCUUCAGCUCCUCCCUGACCAUACACACACACGGCACACACCAUUUGGUCUCUACUGCUGCUGCUGACAAACAUAUGUACCUCUUCUGCUCGGCCAUGGCGUUGACGAGCGGCUCUGCGUACUUGUCAAGAUCCACAGACACGACAGCCGCCUCCGACCUCUCAACUGCAUCCAUCCCGGAACACACACACACACACACACGGACAUUCUUGUGCUGACCGUUCUCUUCUCAUGAAGCCGUACCAGUCUCCGAUGGCGGAAAGUACUCAUUCGCCACACGCUCCCACUGAGGCGCACUCUGAUAGAUGCGCACCCAACCAGACACACAGACAGAGAGAGAGAUGGACGACAACAUAUAUGGCGACACGUACGUGUGUGGCAGCAUUGGGCGGCGGCCCUAUGGCGUCGAGCGAGUCCGUCCCCGAAGGGAUGCACAGCGGCCGCAUCGGCUCACGCUGCACCGCACUCGCGCGAAUCGCCGGACCGCUCAACGCACACUUCACACACACCCACACAUCCAUCCAUCCAUCCACCCACACAGACGGACGGAUGGCAUGUGUCGGGUUUGUCCUUCGGUGUGUCUGUGCGGACGUGUUUGAGCAUGCUCCUGAAGGUCAUGAUGGAGGUCUUGUCGCGGACAGAGGUCGACACCAGGCCGGCGGGGGGCGCGGCGCUCACACACAGGUACCGCAACGCCCGGCACAACCACUUGCGCCUCUCGCUGACGGAAGAAUGGACACACACACACAUUGAGAUAAAGACGUUUCUAGUGUUUCACUCCGAUGAGUGUGUGUGUGUGUGUGUGUGUACGGCUCGUGCGCGUCGGCGAAGAGGUCCCACUUGGCCAAACACACGAUGGUGUGCACACCGGGGGUCUCGACAGCCCCGCCAGCGGCCACACGCUCCAGCCUGCAACGCUCUACCUCACCCUACACCACACACACACAACAGGGUGGUUGUGUGUGUGUAGCCGAGUGGGUCUGCUCUGCUCACCUGGAUGAGCUUCAGGUAGUGCUGCAGCGUGCCGAAGGCGCUGUGUGGUUUGGCCAUGUCGACGACCACCACCAGCACGCAGCCCUCGAUGCUGCUCCCCGACAAGGGGCAGGACACCAACGCCUCGAGACGCUCAUCGCCACCUGCACACAGACAGACACACAAACAGUAUGUGGCGAAAAGGGCUGUGUGUGUGUGUGUGUGGUUGUGGCUGACCGAUAUCGAAGAAGUGGGCGACGGUCUUUCUGUUUGAGUUGGGGUCGGGCUGCCGCGCGUACUUGUAGUCGAUGCCCACCGUGGCGUUAGGCGCCUGACUCGGAUCUGCACCACACACACACACACACACGAGCACGGAGGAUGUAUGUGUGUGUGUGUCUGUCCUCGCCGUUGCUGUACCUUUGUGCUGGUUGAUGAAUCUGUCUACGAGCGAUGUCUUGCCGCUCCUCUUGCGGCCACACACGACUACCGUCACGUCACUCGACUCUGCGCGCGCACACACACACACAGACACACACACGGAGAGAGAGAGAAAAAUUCAAUGCAUCCGAAUGCAUUUGUUGUGGCCGGUAGUACUCUGUUCCUGCAGUGAGCUGCGUUGGUGCUUCUCAAGCUGAGCCCACAAGUUGACGGCAGCCGGCGCGGGAAGACUGCUCUCGGGCUGAUAUAUGAAAGGGAGAGCAGACGACGAGCGAAGGCAGAAAAAAUGAGUUCGAGGGUCAUGUUUUGCUCGAGGCUCAUCGCUCGCUUCGUACCUUCCUCCUUGACGCCGUCGCUGUCGCCAUUCGCCCCGAUCUUGGGUCGUCAAGCCACCAAUUCGCCGUGUGCCCC